AUGAUUAAAACCCGAACAUUGGCAAUUUCAUUCCUGAACACAAAAGUAGAAAUGAAAUGUUCUUGUUCACUUAAUGUCGAUGAACAAAUGCCAAAAAGACUUGGGACGGGCUUUUUUACUGUUUUGGAGGCUAAAGCCAUGGAACUUUUACAAACAGCAGUUUAUCAUCAAGUGAAAUUAUAA